AUGGCCGGUCUGGAAGGCGGCUGGCAAGUGGCCGUCCUACAAGUCGUGGAAAAGGAAGUGCCGCCGACCAACGAGAACUUAGAAGGUCAUUAUCUGGCAUGCAUUGCGGCCUUUAAGAAUCAAGAUCCAGCGGCGAUAACAACAGCCGUUGAAUGGCUGAAUGAGAGGGGCCCGAGCGGCAAGGCCGGCGCUACUGCCGCACCAGUGCUAGCCCAAAGCGGUCUCGGUUUCUCGUCGAUUCACUCGCCACAUGAGGCGAUGAGGUUGCUCACUUGUGGGGUAGCAUUGGGAAACACCCAGCAUGGAUGCGCAUGGGCGGCUGAGUGGUGCUUGGAUGCCGUUGGUCCCUAUUACAACAGCUUAUGGCAGCCGCUGGACCGCCAACGCAGCUCGGAACGGCAAGAAACCGUGUGGGGCUUCAUAGAUUGUCGCUUGAAAAGGGAGGAGUUCGCCAUGAGCGAAGGCGUAGCUGUGGUGGACUUGGCAGUAGCGAUUGCACAAUAUUUGGACCUGUGCCGGAAGCGGCAUCAAAUUCCUUCUCACGCUGAUGAUGUUGGGAUGUACUUCGUCAGUCAGCGCCUAUACAGGAGGGUGUGGUCGAUCAUGCAAUCGGAAAGCUCGAUGGCUAAUGGGGCUGUGCGUACGGCAAUGAAAAUAGUGAAAGCUUUCUCUCUGAGCCCGAAAGGAAUCAAGACCAUCGGGGCCUCAGCUGGCAGCCUAAUCCGCACCCUCGUCGAGUGGGUCAUGCACGCAUCGGCUCAGCCUGAGGACCUGGAAGUGGUCAUCACUAUAAUGCAUAACCUCCGCCCAUCGUUGUCAAGCAGUAGUCUGACAGAGCUUGUAGUGAAGUAUACCGAUGACCUGGCGAAGGCUAUGGCUGACAGGGAAGGCUUUGACUCAAAGAACCCACUCAAUGGGAACUAUAGACACCAUCAAUCCUUCAGCAAGUCAUAUCGUCUUGCCCGACUCAUCGCAGUGUUGGCGCCCCCACAAGAACUGGACCAGCUUCUGGCGAUAUCGCCGCUCUCUGCAUAUGGGUGGAUACACUUGGCGGGUAUGCAGAGCAAGCAGUGGCAGCCAGCCUCAGCCCAGCAUCUGGAAGCUUCGAUCGAGGCGUUCAUGAUGGCCUGCAAACAGAUCGACACUGCAUCCGCUGAUGGUGAUGUUGGUGGCAUCCACGCGUGCAUGAACGUGUGCUUGGAGCUUGCUGAGGCCAUCGGCCAAAUGCGGCUCAGGAUGAGGGAAAAGCAGCAACAACAGCAGCAGCCCUGGGUGGGCCAGAUGAUCUCCGUCUUCCUACAAGCAGUGGCUGACAUCGAUCCUACCCUUCUUGUGGAUCCCGGGGUCUACCUUACUCGCGCUCGUGUACUUAGAGAGCUCAACGGUGACACUGGCAAGACUACGUUGGUUAGAGGGCGGAUGGACGCGGAGUCUCGAGCUCUCCUUGGCAUAGACGUGAUGGAGGCUGAUGCUCUAGCGCUGGCUGAGCAUAACACAUCGACUAGCCCUCCAGCUUUGGUACCAGCGAUAUCGUCCCAAGCGGUUGAAUGGAUAUUCCGCGGAGUGCGGCCUAAUGCUUUGGCGGAGCCGUAUCUUCUCUUGAGCUGCGUCAGUGGUCGGACUGGGGUGGGAGCUAGUAUGCAUCAUAGCGCUCUUGUGAAGGUGCUCCAGAAACUGGACGAUAUGAGGGCCCUGCCGGAGAUAGAGUCUCUGGUGACCAGCGUGGUCCGAGGUGCCAGCGAAGAUUUCAAUACGUGGCAGGUCGGUGCCUUGGCGAGUCUCCUCCAUGGUUUCGAGGUUUACUCGACACUCAUAUUCGAGAAGUUCCAGCGGGACAAUCCCGUGUUCCUGCUGUUCUCUCGAAAUCGUCAUCAGCUUGAGAAUUGGCUGGCUCGCCUGAGGACCAGUGUGGUGUAUUGCAUGUGCAGAACUUGGCCUGAUAUCACUGGCCGUUUUGCUGACGUCAAGAGUGGUCUCGUCUGUGAGGGCAUUUCCGGGGCUCAAAUUGUUACUAGGAGUGACCUGGCUGAGCUGUUGAAGUCAGUGGCCCUGCAGGGUCAACCCAGGCCCAGCGAGAGCACAGUCGGAGCUAUUAUGCAGUUGGCGAAUACUAGGGUGGGAGGUCAGUUCUUGCUGCCUGGUCUCGAGAGGGGUCUCAUCAAGUUCCACGUUGAAGAUCGGCCCAUGUCGGUUUGUGGUCUCUGUGAGUCAGUGGGGCUGGUGGCCUUUGAUCCCGAGUGUAGGGACCUGGUCUUGGGCAUUUGGAUGAAGGCAGCGGUGGUUUGCGAUAGAAUUGCCUAUUGGCCUUUCGAAGACGCUAUGACGGCUGGCGGAAUGUUCCCGGAGCAGCAGAAAGCGGCCGGGCUCUUGUCGACGUGGCAGCAGACAACGACUCGAGAGAUGGGCCCUGGGAAGCCCAUCGGGUUCGCAGACGCUACCACCUCUGACGUGAUAGCUUCGUAUGCUACUAUGCUCCAGAUCGGCCUGCUACCUAGCGCUCCUGGCACGCAGGGCAUCUUCGAAGCCGUCGUGGGGAGGUGGACGAAGCAAGACGCUCUUGCGAUGUUGUUGUCAGAGGAGCCUCCUGUGACGAUCCAUCCACCUGAUGGAGAUCUUGGCCUGUAUAAGGUUGAUCUACAACGGAGAAGGAAUGGCGAUGAUGCAGCAAGGGAGCUCUAUGCUCUGACUAUUGGCGAAGACCCAACGUUGUCUAUGGAAAUGACACCAGCAAGAUUGGCGAUGUUUCUGAAACUGCACAGCGAUGCGAAUGCCCUCCCACUGGGCAUCAUAGACCAUGCAGUGAACACGGCUCUCGCCUUCAACGCGAUACCUCAUAGCGACUUGGUCUUGACAGAGCUGUCGCGACAUCCCAUUAUGUUGCAGAGACUUAUACAUGUUGCGGCUAGUGCUGGAGUCCCGGCGCCUCCGAAGAGUGGCCAGACCUACUACAGACGAUGGCUGUUGGACCUUGGUGUUCGUGUUUGGGCUACUGCAGGUAGCGCCGAGACGGCUGCCGAACCGCGACGAACGUUUGCUGAGUAUCUCUUCCACCAGCACACCCUGGAUCCUGCAGUGGAAGACGAAGCAGAUCAGCUUUGUGUUAGCAACUACGAAGAGUAUGUCAAGACGGAGGCGUUCCAGCUGAAUAGGUCUGCAUCCGAGAAAGCGAGCGUUCUAUUGAAGCUGUUGUCGUUGGGGAUGAGCCCACAACUUGCCCAAGAACUACCCUGUUCUCUGUGGAUUCCCUUGGCGCAUCAAGUUGUUAGCUACUUGAGAGACCGAAGGCCGCAGGUCAAGGCGUUCGCUCAAGCUGUAUGGGAUAAGUUAUGUAAAGAGGAGCCCAACCGGGUUGUGUGGUUGGCCCUGUCACUAGCGGGGCCGCCUGGCAAGGCAGAUCCCCCGCCGCACCUGGUGCCAGAUUGUGCCAUUUUGGAGCCCUUGAGGAGGUAUAACCCUGAGCUUGUUGAGAAGGCUGGGGCUCUAGGUCACGCUCUACGAGUUCUCAGUUGGUCAUUCGAAGAUUCUGCCGCCAGAAUUGCACAAUGGGCUGUCUCUAGUGCCGAUCCCAACAAGCUCCGUGCAGUGCUUCAGAACCUCACCACAGAGGAGGCGAUCGCCGAGGUGUUCGGAGAUGAGUGCCAUCCGGACGCACGGUAUACCAAGGGGGCUCAGGCCCUGCAGGCCCACAUCGCGAAGAAGAUACGUGAUAUGCGCCGAGAGCGCUGCGAGGCUAUUGAUGUGUGCAAGUCGGUGGUGGAUUGGGCCAACGGUGCCAGGCAUUCAGUGCAAGUCCUUACUAAGCGUGGUACGUCUCAAGGGACUCAGGGUAUAAGGCAAGUUGAAGACCUAGCGCCUGGGCUAGUCUCCAUGGACCUCACUGGCCUCAGCUUUGAGGGGGUGCCCAUCCAUAGGGUUGCUGCGAAAGUGCAGUGCAUGACGACGAAGAGCCGACCUAAACGGGUUGCCUUUGACUCGCCCAGUGGAAGGCGUUUCGAUUUCCUCCUCAAGGGUGCUGAUGAUGUCCGCAACGACGCCCUGGUUAUGCAAGUGAUACGUGCACUCGGGGAUAUGCUCGAUGCGGAGGCCCUCAUGUGUGCCCAGCCCAGUGAUAAGGAACAGCUCUACAAGACUUACGAUGCUAUACCGCUUGCCCCUCGAUGUGGCAUGGUCCGAUGGGUCCACGAGCUCUCAAGUCUCAUCCAGAUAGCUAAGCAUCAGCCCAACUUCCGAGAACACGAUAUGCUCGAGUGGCGGAGACUGACCUAUGAUGCCUUGAAAAAUGCCGGUAUCAACCCAUCGAAGACGCCGCGCAAACUAUGGGACCAUGGGAUACUCCUGCAAGUGUGGAGAACCCUGCGGGCUCGUCGGCAGAGUGAGACUGGUGAUGGCUUCAUCCGCACCGAGCUGGUACUCCAAGCGGGCUCUGCAAAGCAGCUCUUUGCAUCGUAUAGACGGUUCGCUGCCUCUAUGGCGAUCAACUCGGCCGCCUCGGUCUUCGCUGGAAUGGGCGACCGCCAUCUUGAGAAUAUCAGCAUUCACCGGCCUACUGGUGCGGUGGUUCACAUAGACUUCUCUGUUUCCUUCCAUAAGGGUAGGCGGCUCAAGGUGCCGGAGCGUGUUCCGAUGAGGCUCACGGCUGGUCUCCGUAGUGUGUUGCAAAGUACACCAGGAGAGUUCCGCACUCUGAUGAGCGAUCUGGUGGCGAAGUCGAGGUGGAAUGCAAAUACUCGGCUGGUAGAUGGAGACAUCCUGGAGGAGCGUUUCAAGUACUUGAUACCGCGUAUAAUGGGAACUGUUCUGAGACUACCGUUGGUCGAGUGGUCAUCAGUUCAGCUAUUGCCGUCCUUGGUCUCACUGAGGCCAGCGGAUCGCUUGCCGAAGUGUCUCUCCGUACUGGUGGCAAGCCUGAAGGAGCACGCUAGUGAGGUCGGGAGUAGAGUGUUGUCGACCAUCGCCGGGCCAGAACUGAUCAAACUGACCAGUUCGGAGUUAGUCGUGGUAGAAGGACUCAUCGAGGACCUGAGUCACCGUCGAAUGCUCGAUGGAGGCGUUGGUCUCUGCUUGUUAUUGCAAGCCUUCGACAAGCAUGGUUGGUUUCGAAAUGGCCUGGCCGGUGCGGAGGUCCACUUGGGGGACCUAUUGAGCAUGGGCGAGGAUGCGGUGAAAGCAAUCAUCCAGCCUGGCGCCGAGACCGUGGGCAAAGUAGUUGAGAGGUUACAGGAAGCGGCAGCCAAACUGCGUGUGGUGAGUUCCGUAUGGACGGUCAUUGCUCAUGCUGGUGCGAUUCAGGGACCCGCUGUAGAGAAUGCCUCGGAGGCUGAGGAAAUUCAAGAGUGGAUAUCGAAGCAGCCACCUCGGACUACUUUACCCACUAAUAAUCGUUCCAGAGUCCGUCGAUCGGUCAUUGGAGAAGACCGUGAGCGCCUGAGGCUUGCAGGACUCUGCUUCUAUGCGAAGUUGCCAAACGCCUGGCAGUGGCUCGGUUAUGUUUCGUCUCAAGUCUCAGCGCUGAAUUCGCCUCGUAUACCGCCCUCACAUACUGAGGCCUGGAACAGGAUGUUGUCGGCAUUAGGCCGUGUUGAGUCCCUCCUCUUUGCUGAUGCCAGCCUGAGGCUCUCCGGAGGGCUGCUCUUCCCAGUAACAUACGGUGAGAAGUUGGACCACUUCGGCUUCCCAACCCUGGACGAGUACAGUGCCGAUAUUCUUUUCGAUCCGACUCAGUGCAUUGUCGAUGCCGAGCUAGAGGGUAUGUUCGAGCGUAGCUGUGAUAUUCUCACGGGGAUAGUCGAAGAUACGGAUGACUUGGCGACUAGGUUAACUGUGGCGGCUGGAUCGUCAACGGCUCGCUGGAGUCGUGAGGAUUCCAAGAUUCUGUCUUCACUCAGCGGUCUGCAUGACCUCAUGCUGCCAUCUUGUACGCCCAAGGCUCUGUCUGUUCUGCACACGGACGUAGAGAAUCUAAGUAAGGCAUUGGGUGCUGCAGCAAGAGAAGAAAGUGAAAAGAAGGACCCCAGUCAUAUCCUGACCCGAGUGCGCCACAAUCUCACCGCCAUCACUAAGAAGCUCGACCGCUUCGUAGCGAAGGCGCCGAUUGUCGGUGAGAGUGGCCUGUGGCAGGCGAUCGAAGAAGCUGAGGCCGAGACCAGCAAGACUCUGGCUCUCGUGGGCAACGACAAGACCGACCAACUAACGCUCGAAGUCAGACUGCUACAGUUCCGAGUAAAUGCACUAUGCGCUGGUAUUUCCCCUUCCCUUGAAAUCGACCGACUUUAUGCCUUGCAAACUCUUUCGAGAUUUGUGCUAAUCCCAACCUUGCGAGCGCGAUUGUGUGGCGCGCUCGGCUUCUCGAUAUCGGCAGCGCAACGGGCUGAACCGAAGUCGGGCCGCGUCGUGAGGGAAGAGACGGAAGCUUCCCCGGCUGAGGCAAAGGCGAUGGCUAGAGAGUGGGCGAUGAGCGAGAUCGCCAGGCGGGCCCGGGCUAUCAUGAGAGUUCCUAAGGAAAUGGAAGACUCCAUAGCUGAGUUGCGGAAAAUCAGAGCGGAGAUUUCGUCGGUUGGUACGGCUGAUGACGACUCUUUGCCGCCGCCUGUGAAGGAUGCCUGUCGAUCAAUAGAGGCUUAUCUACAUCGAGCGAAGGAACUCCUACCGACUGGGACAUCUGAUAUGCUUAAGCGGGAUUAUGGCUCACUCGUGGCCUCGAUCAACGAGGUUGCCAUUACUGUUGGCGCUGCUGACUUCGACCAUGCUAUCGUUGACGAUUGUGUACAAUUGCGUCGGGCCUUAGGCAGCGAGGGUGAAGCUGCUGAUGAUAUGGAGGUCUUUGGUCGUGUAUUGGCCUUAUUCGGAAGGCUGGGUGUUCAUAUCCCUACAGCCAGAGGAGCGGACGGAGCGAACGACGGAGCCACGAAAGCAGAAACGAUUAAGAGUCCAUCGCACUCUAGAGAGGACCCGAGUACAGCGGCUGAGAAUUCAGCUGCCAGCGAUGAUGAAGUUGAUGUGGACGAUAUAGAAGACGACUCGGAGGAGGAUGAUGGUGCUGCUGCCGCUACCGCAGUGGCUCCGGUUGUGCGCACUCAGCUUGCACAGGAAGCCUCGGCUAGUGGAACUCUAGCAUCGGCAAGCGAAGGAAGCCAGGCGGAUCAGGCGAACUAUGUGGAGGAUCGACUACCUCAGUUAGCCGCAGACGUUGGACGAGUUCAAGAGAGCGAGUCUGAUGACCCGAUGACCACCUUGGCAAUGCACGUUGCUGGGCCGGUGACUUCCUCGCCACUCUCCACUGCCGCUUCCAUCGAGAAGACCUAUUGCCACAACCUUGUGCUGUCUCGCAUCUUCGAUAGCGAUCUGCCACUUCGAGCAUCUGUUCGGGAAACAGGAGCUUCUCCACCACCGGGCCUGGCCUCACCAGCUCAAGCUGCGCCCUUGGUCCGUUGGGAGCACAUGGCUUGGUCUGGUUCGAUCGCUCUAUCUGCGUCCAGGAUAGUUCCGAACCCUACCGAGAACGCUGGUGCUCUUCUGUCGAGCGAGGCGGUUGUCAAUCAGUGGAUUACAGAGGCUACUGACGAGGGCAGUUUGUCCCGCAUGUAUGAAGGAUGGACUUCCUGGAUAUGAUAAAGACAUUGCUAACGCUAUCAUCCCUUCGCCCCACCACAACUACUGUUCUACCCCGGUUCGUGUUUAAUGAGACUUCAGUGACGACGGUUGAAAGGUGACAAGUGUGGAGCCGAAAGCUGCCUAUCUCAAAGAUUCCGUGAGAGGUCGAAUCCCAUAUAAUGUCGUUGUUGUUGUUGUUGCUGUUGUUGUCGUUGCUGCUGCUUUUGAUACUACUUCUGCUAGCACUAUAUUCCUUGGCCCACUGUGAAUGAUGCUAGGGCCAUUGCUAUUACUAUACGGAGAAGGCCACGUAUCGUCUUUCGUAGCGGGUAGUAGUGGCAGAACUCACAACCAUCAACCCGGUGUCUCACUCCUGCGAGCAGCCAUCCUAAUGAGACUCCUUUGUGUGCUUUUGAUAUGUAUACACGGGGAGACUUUUCUUUUCUACGCGGAGCGUUAUAGCCGCCUAAGAAUGGCAGUGCCCGACAUGUCGGUGGGUGUACCUCGUCAAAGGUUCAUCAGUCGUUUGAUGCAUCCUGUAUUCGGUGCGAACUUUCAAAGAUA